CAUCGCCGCACCCCACGAUGUCCGAGAGCCUUGAGUACGACGUGAUCGUUGCCGGAGGCGGUACUGUCGGCUGUGUGAUCGCAGGCCGCCUCGCAGCUGCCGAUCCCAACCUGAAGAUCCUUGUGAUCGAGUCGGGCCCGCCGGUGCGCGAGAACCAGGAGCACAUCAUCCCCGCCAAGUUCCUCAGCCAUCUGCUCCCGACGAGCACGACCGUCAAGUUUCACGUCGGGAAGCCGAGCGAGGAGCUCGCGGGCCGCACGCCUAUCGUGCCCGCCGGCGCGUGUCUGGGCGGUGGAUCCAGCGUCAACUUUAUGAUGUACACCCGCGCGUCGGCGUCCGACUACGACGACUGGGAGAAGCUGUACAGCAACCCGGGCUGGGGAUCGGCUGAUCUCCUGCAGUACCUCAAGAAGGCCGAGACGAACCAAGCCCUGCCGAACAAGCCGACGCACGGCUACGAGGGUCCGCUCAAGGUCUCCUUUGGCGGUAUCUACGCCGACGCGGGGAAGCAGUUCCUUGAGAUCGCAGAGCAGUUUGACAAGGAUCGGCCUGUGGUCGACGACAUGAAUGACCUAUCGAACUCUAACGCCUACGCUAGAUGGGCAAAGUGGAUCGACUGCAAGACUGGCCGCCGCCAGGACGUCCCUCAUAACUACAUCUACAACCAAAUCGAUACUACCGGCCUGGACGUCAGGACGGGCUACACGGUCAAGCGCAUCCUCUUCGACGGCACGCGCGCGACAGGCGUCGAAUUCGUCCCCAACGCGCGCUACAAUCCCGACGAGGACAAGACACCGCGCAUCGCGAAGGCACGCAAGCUCGUCGUGCUCUCCGCAGGCACAUUCGGUACUCCGUCGGUCCUCGAGCGCUCGGGUGUCGGUGCGGAGAAGCGCCUGAGCGCGCUAGGCGUCAAGACGGUGUCAGACCUCCCGGGCGUGGGCGAGAACUACCAGGACCACCCCAUCGUGUUCUCACAGUACUUCGUCGACGACAACGCGGAUACGCUCGAUGGGCUCAUCCAGGGGCGACCGGAGGAGCUGCAGAAAUGGGGCGCACAGUAUAUGACCGAUGGCACCGGUCUGCUCGCGCACAAUGCUGUCGAGGCUGGCGGAAAGCUGCGGCCAUCCCCGCAGGAUCUGGAUGCCUUUGGCCCCGACUUCCGCAAGCGAUGGGACGAAUUCUACGCCAAGUACCCUGACAAACCCGUUCUCUUCAUCGCUUGCUCGGCAGGCUUCGUUGGUAAUCCCAUGGGCGUUCCUCCCCGACGAUACUCCACAAUCGCAUAUGCCAUCUGGUACUCGAGCGCUGUCGGCUACCUUCACAUAACUGAUGCGAAUGAUGUCGACGCGCCGCUCGACUUCGACCCCAUCACAAUCAACGGAAAAGAGGAUAUUGCAGCGAUGCGCUGGGCGUACAAGCACGGGCGCGAGCUCGCACGGCGGAUGGGGCUGCAUCGCGGCGAGUUUGAUGGUGGCCAUCCCGCUUACCCCGAGGGCAGCGCGGCGGCUGUGCGUCCGUCAGCAGAGCCGACGCCGCUUGAUACGCCGAAGCUUGUGUACACGGCGGAGGAUGAUGCGGCGAUCGACCUGUUCAACCGGCAGCAGGUCGGCACGAUGUGGCAUUCGCUGGGAACGUGUGCGAUGAAGCCGCGCGCCCAGGGCGGCGUGGUCGACUCAAAGCUUAACGUAUACGGCGUGACUGGGCUCAAAGUAGCUGAUAUGUCAAUUGCCCCGUCAAACGUCGGCGCUAACACUUACUCGACGGCCCUCACUAUCGGGGAGAAAGCGGCAGCCAUUAUUGGUGAAGAACUUGGCCUCACCAUUUGAACGUAACACCCAGUGUUCAGUCUCAAGCGGCUAUUACUUAGUAGGGCAGGCCAUGGAUGUUAUUUAUUGCGGCGUCCCUCACGAGUUAGCGUCAAUAACUCUUCUACUCGGGGUGCACGCCUGUAAACCAAAAACUAACUGUACUAUGCUUUCGCGUCGCAGUGGCCAUAGUGCCUGUUUGUAGGAUUUGAUGUAUAAAUGAAAGCGAUACCCAUCA